AUGGCGAUCAACGUUCCCGGCCUGGUGGCCAUCGUGUUCUUCUACCUGGUAAUUCUUGUCGUGGGCAUCUGGGCGGGACGCAAAGGUGGUGACCAGAUAAAGGGUUCGCAGAGUGCCAGCGUCGGAGAACAGUCGAACAUUAUGCUCGCUGGAAGAAACAUCGGCCUCUUCGUCGGAGUGUUCACGAUGACAGCCACCUGGGUCGGCGGAGGGUACAUCAACGGCACCGCCGAGGUGGUCUACGUGAGCGGGCUUGCCUGGUGCCAGGCCCCUUUCGGCUACGCCAUCAGCCUGGCCAUCGGCGGCAACCUGUUCGCGGUGAAGAUGCGCAAUGCCGGCUACAAGACGAUGCUGGACCCUUUCCAGAAGCACUUCGGAGCCCGCAUGGGGGGCCUACUUUUCCUCCCAGCCCUCUGCGGCGAGGUGUUCUGGUCAGCCGCCAUCUUAGCUGCCUUGGGUGCGACCGUGGAGGUGAUCCUGGAAUUUGAGCGGAGAGAAUCGGUGAUAGCUUCAGCCUGCAUCGCACUCUUCUACACCUUCACGGGCGGCCUCUACUCCGUGGCCUACACGGACGUCGUUCAACUGGUCGCCAUAUUUUUCGGACUGUGGCUGUGCCUUCCUUUUGCUAUGUUUCACGAGGCCGUGGGCGUGAUAUCUUAUCCCAAAAAUGACUUCAUCGGGACCGUCGAGUGGCAAGACUUCGGCAUCUACUGGGAUUCCAUGCUGCUCCUCAUGAUGGGCGGCAUUCCGUGGCAGGUGUACUUCCAGCGGGUCCUCUCCAGCCGUACGGCUGAGGGUGCCGAACUGCUUUCGUACAUGGCUGCACUGGGUUGCCUGUUCAUGGCCAUUCCUCCAGUGGUAAUCGGUGCGGUUGCUAAGGCUGCCAGUAAGUGGACAACGGCCGGGUACACGAAACCUGUGCCGCUCGUCGGGGAGGCGAGCUCGCUGACGCUGCCGCUGGUGCUGCAGUACCUCACUCCGGGGUUUGUGUCCGCCAUGGGACUGGGUGCCGUCUCGGCAGCGGUCAUGUCCUCGUCGGACUCUUCCAUUCUUAGCGCCGCGUCCAUGUUCGCCUGGAAUAUCUACAGGCUUACCUUCCGACAGCAGGCUUCGGAAGGCGAGGUUAUCUGGAUAAUGCGCUUGUCCAUCUUAGUGGUGGGCGCCCUCGCUACCUACAUGGCAUUGACGGCGGAGUCGGUCUACGCCCUCUGGUACCUGUCCUCGGAUCUCGUCUACGUCAUCCUCUUCCCGCAGUUGCUGUCCGUCGUCUACUUGACGGACUACGUGAACACGUACGGUUCCCUGGCCGCGUACCUGGUGGGCGGCUUUUUUCGCGCGGCGGGUGGCGAGGCUCUGCUGGGGAUUCCAGCCUUCAUCUACUACCCUUACUACGACGACGAAAAUCAGCUGCAGCGCUUUCCCUUUCGCACUUUCGCAAUGUGCAUGUGCUUCAUUACGCUACUUGUCGUUUCCUCCGUGGCCAGUUGUCUGUUCAGCAGCGUUUUGCCGGCAUCGAUGGACAUCUUCAGUACAGCUCUCCCACCUUCCUGA